AUGACAGGCGGCCCCUUAACUCCUUCGAUCACAAACUUGCUCUCCCAUUCGAGUCUUCUGCAUUUGGCCACAUGUUCAGACAACAUUCCGCACGUGAGCUUGAUGAACUACACGUUCAUUGAGCCUAACGAGGAAGACUCAAGCAGCAACAUUGCUUUGUUGAAGAAUUCCCGGAAUCUUGUGUUAGUAGCCACUCCAAAAAACACGCAAAAGUAUGAAAACCUGCAAAAGAAUGGCAAGUGCUCGAUACUUGUACACGACUGGGUUGCCAACGGCAACCAGGUGAAUGAAAACAGUGUUUUGAAAUUGCUCUACAGUAUCAACCAGAGCGAGGUAGGUGACAUGAGUGUCACGCUUGACGGUCACGUUGUGAAGUUUCUCCUGGAUAGCACCUCGGAAGAGUACGAAUUUUUCAAAAACCUGCACUUGAAGAAAAACCCUGUCGCCAAGGCGUUCAUUGAGGGUGACAACGUCGCCCUUAUUUUGAUCCAGAUCGAUGAAUCGAAGGUAUCAGAUUCCAACAACAAGGUUGAGAAGUUUAAGUAG